AUGAGUACUUGUAUAAUCACUUAUCGUGAUUUUGAAAGAGCACUACGACUCAUCAAAGCAAUCUAUCGACCAUAUAAUAUAUACUGUAUACAUAUUGAUAAGAAAUCAACCACAACAGAUUAUGCUGAAUUUGUUCAACAUGUUCAACAGUUAGGUGAAAAUAUCUACUUUGUUCCAGAUAAACAACGUGUUCAUGUUGUCUGGGGUCGAUAUUCUGUACUGGAAGCCGAUUUAAUCUGUGCUAAAUUAUUGUUAAAAUAUGGUAAAAACUGGAAGUAUUUUAUUAAUUUAACUGGGCAUGAAUUUCCAUUACGAACAAAUUGGGAAUUAGUAAAAGCAUUGAAAGCGUUAAAUGGAUUGAAUAUAGCACCAGCGCAUUAUUUACAAGGAAAACCAUGGCGUAUUCCACCUAAACGACUUGUUCCACUAGAUUGUCAUUCAAAUAUUUAUCGUAAUGCUAUAUGUAUGCUUGGUAAAGGUGAUUUAUCCUAUCUUAUGCAUCAUCCACAUUUCUUUGCUAAUAAAUUUCUUCCUGAUGUUGAACCUGAAGCAUAUGAUGAAUUGGAACGUUGGUUGGCUAACAAAAUCCUUUACGAAUUUCAUUAUAAUAAAACGCAUCCAUCAUUUUUAUAUCAGUAUUAUGUGAAUUAUACAUUUUCACAAAUUAAUAAUUUGAAGUUUAAUGAACAAUUUUGA